GAUCACGUUGAUAAUGUACUAGGCACAAAGUCUAUCUGUCUUGCCUCACUGUCUCCUUUUGUUUUUCUUCAUUUCUUUAUUUCCUUCCCACCUGUCUUCCUCCUUAUAUUCUCUUCUUCCCUCCCUAUUCCCUUCUUGGAAUUCCUCUCUUUUUUCCUUCGCUUUUUCUCUCUACCCAAACACCUCAUUUUUUUUGGCUACAUUUUUGGUCAACUAAUUCAUAUUAGUAGUUAAAAAAAAAAAGGGUUUUCUUUGUUUUUUAGGGGGAUAGAGCCAUGACUAUGAGUAACAAUAUUGGCCAAUUUGGUGAUACAACUUUGACCAAAGUUUUCGUUGGGGGGUUAGCUUGGGAGACGCCCAAAGAAGCCAUGAGAGAGCAUUUUGAGAAGUAUGGUGACAUCCUUGAAGCUGUGAUUAUUUCUGAUAAAGUCACUGGCAGAUCCAAAGGCUACGGAUUUGUUACAUUUAAGGAUGCUGAAGCUGCUAAGAAAGCUUGUGAAGAUGCCACCCCUAUCAUCAACGGCCGCCGUGCCAACUGCAACCUUGCCUCUCUUGGUGCUCGCCGCCCGAGGUCCGCCUCCGCAGCUCCCCUGCAGCAAGGAUCAAAUGCUGGACCGAGGGUCCCGUCAGCUGCACCAGCUAAUCAUGUCCAGUGGUAUUACCCAGCGGGGACACCGGCAUCGCCGUUUCAUCAUCAGCAUCAUCAGGCCGUUCCUUUUUACGGGUACUCUCCCACCUACAUUGCCACUGAUAUCGGCUACAACCAUAAGGUUAGCUACACAGGAGGAUCCUACAUGAAUGGGCAUUUCUCUCAAGUGUAUCCAGCAGGGCAGGCUAUAAUAGGUGCAAACACAUUGAUGCCAAUGUACCCAUUCUAUCACUACCAUCAAUCACAAACAAUGGGAUUACCAGCUGCAGCCAACCACAUCUUCCCACCAACAACAGCUGGACCCAUCACCACAAUCCCAACCGCCGCUAUCAUCUCAAAACCUGCUGCAGCUAUUGCUCCUAAUUCAGUUUGCUUGGCUGUGGAAUAGGUGCAGUUGGCACAGGUGAAAGCUUUAAGAAGGUUGGCUGAAGAGGGGAACUUAUUAGUUGGCAAAAUAACAAUGGGGGAAGAUGGAAAAGCUGCUCAGAGCAACAAUCUGAUCUGUUGUAGCUCUUCUUUUCUAUAUAUAAUAUUUUAAGAAAAAAAUUAUUUAUUUUUAGAUGUUGGAUAAGAUUCUUUCAUUCUCUUUCUAUCUUUCUCUCUCUAACAUCUAAGCUUGAGAUGUGAACCUUUUAUGAAAAAAAAAAAAAGCA